GCUUGCGUAGUAAGUCACGUGACUUUGGUGAUCGGCCAUUGUUGUUGUUUUCCCAACACACACACAUGAAACGAGCUAUGACAAUGGUUUGACUUUGGGGAAGAAAUCCCGCGCACCUCUAUGAAGUCUGGAUUGUAACGAAAGGAAAUGGCUGCUGGUCCAUCUAGACGUCGUUCUAACCCGGCCAAAGGUGAACUGAGUGAUGAUCAAGUGAAUAGCAUUUAUGAAGCAUUUUUAGUAUUUGAUGCGGAGAAGACUGGAAAAAUUGCAUCCCAGAAUCUCAAGCUAGCAAUGAGGGCACUUGGUUUCGAACCCAGAAGAGAGGAGAUAAAAAAGAUCAUUAGUGACUGUGUAAAAGAUGAAUCUGAUUCUAUCACGCUAGAGCAGUUUGUAAGCCUUAUGUCAGAAAAGAUUGCAGACAAAGGAGCCAAGGAAGAGAUCUUUAAAGCCUUUUGCUUAUUUGACGAUGACAAUACUGGAAAGAUUACCUUCAAGAACUUGAAGCGUGUAGCAGAAGAGCUUGGUGAAAACCUCAGUGAAGAAGAACUUAGAGAAAUGAUACAGGAAGCUGACCAAGAUAAUGAUGGAGAAGUUAACCAAGAUGAAUUUUUAAGAAUUAUGAAAAAGACUUGCCUCUAUUGAAAAUUGUUUCCACACAUAAUCCAGAAUUCCAAAUGUUGCUUACAAUCAAUGUGUCCUGUUUUCCGACAAUGAAACAAUCAUCGUGCUAUAUUUUGGCACUUCGUGUACUGGUUUGAUAUGCGCGCAAAAUGUGUUGGAAUCAGAACAGUAUUGCAAAAUGUGGAAAACGAUGGUAAAUUUCUUUCAUAAAACCGCGUUUAUUGUACCAAGUUUCUUUUUUUUUUUUUACUACAUAAACCCAAUUAUAUACCAUCUCUAAAAAUCUAACUGAAUAAAUUUCGAGAAAAUUA